UGUGUCGAAAAGAUUUCUAGGAUUACUUAUUGUUGUGUUAUUGUGUUUGAUUGUGUUUAUAGACGCUUGCAUCGCCUAAAAAUUGCUACAAAAAUGUAUGCAAUGAUUCUAAUAUUUUAAUUAUGUACCCUAUGUAAAAUCAGGUUUUUUUUAAAUAUGUAUUUAAGUAUGUAAAUAACAUGCAAGUCACGUUGGAAAAAUGUAGAUUCAUUAUAUGUUAUUUCUUAAAACAUAUAACAUAUUCUACUGUUACCUGUAAAGAAUAUGCCUUUAAAAGGAGUAAAAGUUUUAGAAUUAGCUGGUCUUGCACCAGGCCCCUUUUGUGGAAUGAUAUUGGCUGAAUUUGGUGCAUCGGUGAUUAAAGUUGACAAGAUUAACACGUUUCAUAGUAUCGAUUCUCUUGGUAAUGGAAAGAGAUCAAUUGCCUUAAAUCUAAAGAGCCCAAAAGGUAUCAGUAUAUUUAAGAAACUAAGCAAUCAAAGUGAUGUACUUAUAGAUCCAUAUAGAGCUGGUGUGAUGGAGAAAAUGAAACUAGGACCAGAAGAACUCAUAAAAACAAAUAAGAGAUUGAUAUAUGCUAGAUUAAGUGGAUUUGGUCAUAAAGGACCUUACGCUAACAUGGCUGGACAUGAUAUAAAUUAUCUAGCACUGUCUGGUUUAUUAUCUUUGAUGGGUCGGUUUGAUCAGAAGCCAACACCUCCAAUUAAUUUGGCUGCUGACUUUGGUGGUGGUGGAUUAAUGUGUGCCUUUGGAAUACUCUUGGCAUUGUUUGAACGUAGUAAAAGUAACAUCGGUCAGGUGGUUGAUGCAUCAAUGGUAGAUGGAACAGCGUACUUAGGGAGUUGGCUUUUCAGAUCCCAAAAGAUGCCAGGAUUAUGGGGGAAAGCACGUGGCAAAAAUAUAUUAGAUAGUGGGUCACAUUUCUAUGACACUUAUGAAACAAAAGAUGAACAGUAUAUGUCUGUUGGAGCGCUUGAACCACAGUUUUAUCAAAUAUUUUUGGAAAAACUUGGCCUUUCAGCGGAUGAAAUGCCACAGUUUGAUAAAUUCGAUGAAAAUCGUGAAAUACUCGAGAAAAUAUUCAAACAGAAAACUCAAGCUGAGUGGUGUGCUAUAUUUGAUGGCACAGAUGCUUGUGUAACACCUGUUUUGAAUAUAGAAAAUGUUACAUCUCAUGCACAUAAUAAAGAAAGAAAUACAUUUACAUCUGACCAAGAAGGUACAGUGAUUCCAAAUCCUGCUCCUCGUUUAUCUCGUACUGCCGGGGUGUCGAAAGGACACCAAGGUAAUCCUGAGCCAGGUGAGCACACAACAGAAAUACUUACAGAAUUAAAUUUUAAGCCAGAAGAAAUCAGAACUUUAAUAUCAGCUGGAAUUGUUAAUCAAGGGACAAAACGUUCUAUGCUUUAAUCAUAUAACACUUCUGUUACAGUGUUUUUAAAUUUUUAUUAAAAUACUAUAAUAUUAUUAAAAAAGAUUUUUAUACAUAUACGUUAUUGUUGUUAAA